UAACCAACAAGAAUCCGACAACUACCGCCCCAGAAUCCAAACCCCAAAAUAGCUGGUGGCCUGCAGGAGCACGGCCUCCGCGAGCGGCCUUCUGGGAAACGUAGUUCGUGCGGCGUGCGCCCCGCUGCGCAUGUCGGGAAGUGUAGUCCCCGGACAGAGCGGCAUCCGGAGGCACUUCCGCUCUGGGAAGGCGAGGCCAGCGGAGCGCGCUCCCAGCCAGGACCCGGCUCCACCUGGAAGGAAGAGGAGAAUCAUGACCAAGUCCCACGAGGCAGUGACCUUCAGGGACGUGGCCGUGGCCUUCACGGAGGAGGAGCUGGGGCUGCUGGACCCCACCCAGAGGCAGCUGUACCGGGAUGUGAUGCUGGAGAACUUCCGGAACCUGAUCUCACUGGGCCGUCAGUUCCCCAAGCCUGACCUGGUAGCCCAGCUGGAGCAGGAGCAGCAGCUCUGGCCAACGGGGCUUCCCCCCGACACAGAAACUAAGAGUCAAGAUGAGACAGAAUCUCUUCAGGAAGCGGCACUGAAGUCCCUUUCGUUGGGAGAACUUUUGUGCUGGCAUAUCGAGAGAGACACUGUGAGCAAUUUAACCAAAAGUCAGGGCUCCAUGAUGAAUGGCCAAGAAAACAAACUGCAGUCACACAGACACCAUGAUUCCUCCUGUGACGUGGGAGCAGGAGAAACCGUCCUGACUUCCCCAGGUGGCAGCUGUUUCAUGACUCUCUCAGAGGCUCAUCCCAGCGCCCAGGAACACCAAGGCAUUCCUGCUGAGAGUGCAGAGAAUUCUGGGCAUAAAAUGUAUUUAAACCAGACUCAGAACCACCAGCCACAUUACAAACAGGCUCAGAGGAGGGACAGGUUCUGUGCAUCUCCACCCUGUGCCGACACCUUGGCCUCACACAGCCACAAGGAGGACGCGGUGUGUGAAACUGACAGAGCUCGUGGCCGCAGCAGCCGUGGUCAGGACAUCCUCAAGGUCUCCCCACCCCGCUCCCCGCACAAGCCAGUUGGCACAGGACAGGAGACUCACCCACAGAAUGAGCGUGAGGAAACCUGCAGUGGUGCCUCCAGGCUUGGUCCUCACCGGCUUUCGGGAAAACAGUCCCUUUUGUACAGCACAUGCGAGGAGGACUCCACUUACAGCGCGGCUCUUCCCUCCCCUCAAGGCGAUCACACCAGGAGAAGACGCUACUGGUGCCGCGAGUGCGGCAAGGGUUUCAGUCAGAGCUCCAAUCUGCAGACUCACCAGAGGGUCCACACCGGGGAGAAGCCUUACUCCUGUCUGGAGUGUGGCAAGAGCUUUAACCAGACCUCGCACCUGUAUGCUCACCUGCCCGUUCACACAGGAGAGAAGCCCUACCGGUGUGACAGCUGUGGGAAGGGCUUCAGCCGCAGCACCGACCUGAACAUCCACUGCAGAGUCCACACGGGGGAGAAACCUUACAAGUGCGAGGCGUGUGGGAAAGGCUUCACGCAGAGGUCCCAUCUGCAGGCCCACGAAAGAAUCCACACUGGAGAGAAACCGUACAAGUGUGGAGACUGUGGCAAGCGUUUUAGCUGCAGCUCCAACCUCCACACGCACCAGCGAGUCCACACCGAGGAGAAGCCCUACAAGUGCGACGCGUGCGGCAAGUGCUUUAGCUUGAGCUUCAACCUGCACAGUCACCAGCGAGUCCACACGGGGGAGAAGCCCUACAAGUGCGAAGAGUGUGGCAAGGGCUUUAGUUCGGCCUCCAGUUUCCAGAGCCAUCAGAGGGUCCACACAGGCGAGAAGCCGUUUCGCUGCAACGUGUGUGGGAAAGGCUUUAGUCAGAGCUCCUACUUUCAGGCCCACCAGAGAGUGCACACGGGAGAAAAACCAUACAAGUGUGAGGUGUGUGGAAAGCGCUUCAACUGGAGCUUGAACCUCCACAAUCAUCAGAGGGUCCACACAGGUGAGAAGCCCUACAGAUGUGAGGAGUGUGGGAAGGGCUUCAGUCAGGCCUCGAAUCUUCAAGCCCAUCAGAGCGUCCACACGGGGGAGAAGCCUUUCAGAUGUGACACGUGUCAGAAGCGAUUCAGUCAGGCCUCGCAUCUUCAGGCCCAUCAGAGGGUCCACACCGGAGAGAAGCCGUUUAAAUGUGAGACCUGUGGCAAGGCCUUCAGCCAGCGGUCAAACCUUCAAGUCCACCAGAUCAUUCACACGGGGGAGAAACCGUUCAAGUGUGAGGAGUGUGGGAAGGAGUUCAGUUGGAGUGCUGGGCUCAGUGCACAUCAGAGGGUGCACACAGGCGAGAAGCCCUACACGUGUCAGCAGUGUGGGAAGGGCUUUAGCCAGGCCUCACAUUUCCACACACAUCAGAGGGUGCACACAGGAGAGAGGCCCUACGUGUGUCACAUCUGCUGUAAGGGCUUUAGUCAGAGGUCACACCUUGUGUACCAUCAGAGAGUCCACGCUGGAGGGAACCUGUAGACAACGAGGGACGUGGUCUGGCCUUCAGCUGGAAGUUCACAUCCUCAUAUCCAUUGAAAAGUCCACGCCGGUGAUGGGGCAGAACUCCCUCACAGUUCGGAAGUGCCAAGGACUCUUCAUGGGAAAGAAACUCUAUAUAAAAUGUGAUGUUUUUUUAAAGACUCAUUUGGAAGAUGAAUUCUCUACUUUUUGCAGAUGAGAGGAAAACAUAUUUAUAAAUAUGCUCAGUGUCUAUAUUCAAGCUCCAAAUGUUCCGAUUUUCAAGAUGUGACACACACAUCACAGCCCUAAAAUGCAGUAGUUUAGGGCCAGGGAGGUAGUUCAUUGGGAAAGGCACCUGCCUUGCCAUGAGUGCCAUUCAGAUUCCAGCUCCAGCACCACGUGGGAGGUGCUGAUACUGGGAAAAGCUCCAGUGCUCUGUGGUGCACUGUGCUGUGUGGUGUCUUUUAUCUAUUUAUCGAGAGAGACCAGAACACUGCUCAGCUCUGGCGAUGCUGGGGAUUGAACCUGGGACUUUGAAGUCUCAGGCAUGAAAGUCUUUUUGCAUAACCAUUAUGCUAUCACCAAAAAAUACUUUUUUUUUGAUAGGACAAAAUUUUUGAGGUGGAGAGUAGAAGACAGAGAAGGAGAGACGGGCUGGUGGGGUACCUCGUUGAGUGCACAUGGUUACAAUACACGAGGACUUGGGUUCGAGCCCCUCAGUCCCCAGCUACACGAGGAAAGCAGUGCUGUAGGCAUCUGUGUGUGUCUCUCCCUCUCUAUAUUCCCACCCUUCCUCUCCAUUUCUGGCUGUCUCUAUCAAGUAAAUAAAGAUAUGAGAGAGAGACAGAUAUCUGCAGCACUGCUUCACCAUGAGUGAAGCUUCCCCACUGCAGGUGGGGCCUGAACCCAGCCUUGUGCAUGGUAAGGUGGGUGCUCAACCAGGUGCACUUCCCCCCAACCUAUCUUUCAAUCUGAAAAAGCAGCCUGCAACCUGGAGAAAUGAAGUCACAUGUUUAGAGUCCCAAAUUAGAAAAAAUAAAAAACCAUCUGAAUCUACGUAGGAGAGAUGCAAGACUGCAUGUAAGACUUAACUAACUAAAGUACUAUGAUAAAGGGAAGUCCACUACAAGCCUGACCUUCCUGUAGGGAGAAGUGGCUCUCACCACCAAGGUUCCGCCAUAUAUAGAGUAGCACUUGGGUCACAACUGGAGAUGGGAGGAAGUUGCUGCUUUUGGACAUACUGGCAAGUGUCCUCCUGGGCUUGAGCCACUGACGACCGGCCAUUCUGCCCCGAACAGGGCUUGUGGAUGGCGCCACCCUCCACCAGGCUUCUUUGUGCAGUGUGCAGAGCAAUGUUUUUAUCAUUCAUUUGUAUUGUUUUAUAUUUAUUUUUACCAGAGCACUGUUCAGCUCUGGCUUAUGGUUGGUGCAGGGGUUGAACCUGGGACUUUAGAGCCUUAGGCAUGAGAGUCUCUGUCAAUAACCCCUGCCUUUCAUUUGUAUUUUGUAGAUUGAUCAAAAUAACUGGAUUUUU